AUGGCGACGGCGGCCCAGGACGCGCCGGGAGCGGCGGACGGCGGCGGCAGCAGCUCCGUGAGCAGCUCCGUCAGUUUGGCCCCGCCGGAGGCCCUGGAGGCCGUGGCCGCGGAGUGGAUGCUGGAGUUUGUCUGCUCCUGCCUGUGCCGGCACUUCGCGGAGCAGAGCGGGGCGGAGUUCUGGCGGUGGAGGGACGUUGCGCAGGCUCUUAUUAGUGGCCUCUCCCAAAUACCUCAACAUCAGAAAAAAACAGUAUAUCUCUGCCAGCUUUUGAUAAGAAUUGCACAAGGAAAAAGCCUUGGAUUACAGUUUGAAAACGAUCAAAGAAUUUCACCUUUGGAAUCUGCUCUGUCUUUCUGGACUUUACUUGAAAAGGAAGAAAUUAAACUGGAAAAGCUUCAUGAAGAAAUUCGUCGCUUGAUUCAAAUUCAGAUUGUAGCAGUCCAUAUGGAAAACAGAUAUUUCAAAGAAGCUGCUGAAGUUCUUGAAAGGCUGUUCACAGACUCUGAAUCAGAUAAGCCUUUAAGGGUGAAGCUGGCAACCGUAAUUAAAACCAAGGAUCCAUAUGUUCCUCUUCUGCAAAGCUUCAGUUACAGUCUUUUGAUAAGUAAAAUCAAGUCUUACAUUGAACUUUUCUUGAAAGAAAAUGAAACAAACUUCUUAAUACAGGAAGCCACAAAACAUGUGGUGUCUAAAGGGUUGGGAGCAACAACAUUGCAGAACAGACCUGUGGAAGUCAAUGAAAAUGGCAAAAGUGAUUUGGAAACAAAACAAAGGUUGGUGAAAGAGAAACAGUGUAUCACAAGUCAGUCAUCUGGAGUCAUAAAAAAACCCAUAGCAAGGAGACGUUCAAGACAGAAGCCCAAAGAGAGCAGAGCUCUUCAGAGUCUUAACAGCAUGCAAAAUGUGGGACAAAAUGAAGUUUCUUUGGCAUAUAGCCGAAGAAGACAGAAAUGGACUCCAAAAGAAGACUUGGAGCUGAAAUCAGGAGUAAGGGAGUUUGGAGUGGGUAACUGGGCUAAAAUUUUAGCCCAUGGUAACUUCAACAACCGAACAAGUGUCAUGUUGAAAGACCGGUGGAGAACAUUGAGCAAGAUCAAACAAAGUUGA